AUGACAAAAAAUUUUGAUUUUGUUACUGAUGUGAAUGCCAGGAAACUAGAUUCAAAUUUCAAAGUUUAUAUUGUUAGGAUAUGGGAAGUUCCAAGUAAAUAUAAUGAGAAGGAGAUUGGUUCAAUUGAAAUGAUUCUUCAAGAUUGUAACGGUGGUAGGAUCUACGCCACUAUUCCGAGGGCUCUAGCCAAGAAAUGGAGUGGUAACAUCAUAGAGUUUGAGAUGUACACAAUGACAAACUUCAUAGUAUUUGACAAUAAGACCAUCUCGAAGAAUGAUCUGAUUGGUAAGGUGGUCGGUAAGGAAGAUCCGCAAGGCUUGAUCACUAGCAAGGGUUUAAUGACUAAGCGUAUGGUCGUUAUUUGGAAGAUCUUGAGUAUGUAUUGUGCCACCAUGAAUUUAGUGGACCAUAUUCUUCCACAUACUAAUGAUGGGAGAGUUGAGCCACUUAUUGUGGUCCUUCAAUAUUUCAAAGCAACAAGGUGGAAUGGUAAAACUUCGGUUCAAAGCAAUUUUGAUAUCUCCAAAUUUCACAUAAACCCAACACUAAAAGAAAUUGAUAGUUUUAGAUGCAGAUUGCUCAGUGGCGGUCCAUCAAGCUCAGCUAGGAUUAGCCAGGUGUCCUCUCCAGCUGCGUGGUCUGCAAAUGAUGAGUUUAACCGUGGAUCUGUUAGUGUGAAGACUAUCGAGGAUGCACUAAACUCUAUUGAGGAAGGAAAAAAUGAUUGGUUUUAUAAAGCAUGUAGGAGGUGCCCCAAGAAGGUUGAAACCCCCAUUGGUGAGUGGUAUGAAUGUGGGAAGUUUGGCCGCACACAUGGAGCAGCCGCAAUAAGGUACAAGGUUGAAGUAAUGGUUUAUGAUGGAUCAGGUAGCAUCAACCUGCUUUUGUGGGAUAGGGAGACAACUCAGUUGUGUGGGAAGCAGGCAGACAAAAUCGUUCUCAAAGAUGCAGUUGGAGAUGAUGAUUAUCCACCAUCUCUUAAUAACAUGAUGGAUAAGAAGGUGCUUUUCAAGAUUAAUGUUAAAUCUGCCAAUAUAAAGCAAUAUGAUCCAGUUUAUACCGUGAUGAAAGAGGCCGACUGCAGCAACUCAAUUGACGUGUCAAGUAAUGUUGUGGCUAUCAUCAGUGAUAAUGAUCCUGAACUUACUUUGGAUUCUAUGGAAGAAUGUAUGUCAAGCCUCAAGUUCAAAACACCAGCUAAGAGAGCUGUCGGCGGUUCAAAACCUGGAUUAAUCAAUGUUAGCAACUUAGAGGAUGAAGGGCAGUUGUCCACUAAUAAGUUUAAUCGCAAGGGUGCAAAGAAGUUGAGGUCCCAGCUUAAUGAUGGGGAUAACUAA